AUGUCCGAUGAAGAUGCAAGUAGUCUUAAAGAUGCGAAUGAAAAAGUGGUUCGAGAUAUGGUAAAAUGUGCUGAAAAUAAACAACGUGGUGAUGCACCGGGUGAAGCUAGGUCAUGGAUUGUUGAAAUUUUAAAAAACUCAGGUCCUACAAAUAAUUUUCAUCAAUAUGUUAAUGGUCCUUCCAAUCAAGUUGUUGAAGUUGAAAAUAUUUUUGAAGGACAAACUGGUGAUGGAACAAAAUGGAAAAUGAGAUUUAUAAUCAAUGCUGAUUUACCAAAUGAAAAAUUAAAACAAAAAGCACAUUUUGGUUGUGAAGUUCAUUGGAAUACAUUACCUCUUCUUGUUACACAUAAAUGGUUCAAAGAUGGAAUUUUAGGAGUUGGAAGACCAACUGAUCGAUCUGUUAAACUUGAAGAAUUUGAAACUGGAAAUGACAGAAAAGAUUUUGAUAAUAAACGUUAUGCUACUUGGAAAUCUAUAUCAAAAAAAUAUUCACAUUAG